AUGAAAAGCAUGGCUUUCAUUGAACCAUCCAUGAUUGUCAGAGAACGAGAAAGAUUACAGUCGGCAUCUAUAGAUGUCCGCGAAGCGCUUACAGGGAAAGUGGAUACGAUUUCAGACACCAAUUCUGCUUCCUCGUCACAAUCGGUAUCAUCACAGGCGACAGUUACCACGGCCCCUUCGACCCAAGAAAAGGGUGAUGUGAGUAUGGCAGCGACUAUAGUGAAUUUGGCGACUAUAAAUGAGCGCAGAGAGGAUAAUAAUAGUAUCGAGCAGGUUGAUUCGGAAGUUAGCAGACUGAUUGAAGAACUAGGGCAAUUGGAACAAGAGGCACGAACCAAUUUACGAGACAUAGACAACAGAGAUAUGAUAAUGGUUAUCAAAAAGGUGAAGCAGCUGCUUCUCAGGCUGAACCUUUCAAAGAAUUUGGUGAAGUACGAAUUGAAGAGCACUAAGGAGGAGAGUAGGAUUGAAAGACAGCUUUUCUUGAAGAGUAUAACGAACUUUGAGCGAAAUCUGGAGCUUCUGAAGAACGAGAACCAGAUUAUAAAUGUCAGGAACUUGAAACUAAUACGGUACUGUCGAAAAUUGAAGAGUGAAAAGCUAAAGACGCUAAAGAGUGAGAAUUCCAGGUUGAGAGCUCGCCUCCGACAGUUGGAGAACGGAACCACAGAUAAUAUAAUCUCGAAAGAUGGUGCCAUAAGUGCCUCACGGCAAAGUAGUAACGUGAGUAUGUUGGAUACGCUAGGAAGGUUGGCGUCACAUGUAUUACAGGAUGGAGAUUUCAUAAGGACUACAUCGGAUAGAGAUACUGCUAGAGAAACUGUCACUCGUCCAUCCAAGAAAGACUCAUCGUAA